GGUACAAAAGUAAUUAUUAAAAAUAAUAAUUUAUUUAUUAGUAAUUUUUUAACAAUUUUUUUUUGUCGGACUUGGUUUUGAGAGUGACUUUUGAAGUGUUAACUGGUGCGUGAAUUUGUUUUAUUUAGUUAUUUGGGUGUAAAAAAAUAUUUUUGAAAAUGGCGCCCUCUGUGAACGUCGCAGAGUACUAUGCAGGAAAAACGCUCUUCAUCACCGGAGCCACGGGUUUUAUGGGCAAAGUCAUGGUCGAGAAGAUGCUGAGAAGUUGCCCUGACGUGAAGAAGAUGUACUUACUCAUGAGGCCGAAGAAAGGACACUCCAGUAAGGAGCGAUUGGAUGACUUGCUGAGUUUUAAGAUCUUCGACCGCCUAAAAGCAGAAAACCCGAAAAUCUUUGACAAACUCCAUGUGAUACCCGGAGAUAUACUUUCUGAAGACCUGGGCAUCUCUGACGAGGAUCGGCGCCUGAUUCAGAGUGAGGCGCAGAUUAUAUUCCACUGUGCUGCUUGUGUCAGGUUUGACAUGUUCCUCCGCGAUGCUGUGAAGAUGAACACCGUCGGAACCAAGAAAGUCUUGCAGCUCGCUGAGGGAGUCAAGAAUUUGGAGGCGUUCAUCCACGUAUCCACCUCAUACUGCCGCUGCGAGCUCCCCGAGCUGGAAGAGAAGCUGUACCCUUCGAAGCACAGACCUGAACACGUGAUGCAUUGCGUCAGCUGGAUGGACGAUGACCUUCUCACGCAUUUGCAACCCAAGAUAAUCGAGCCCCAGCCUAAUACAUACGCGUAUACCAAGUCUCUCACAGAAGACCUGGUGUCACAGUACGAGGGAAAGUUUCCCAUUGCGAUCGCAAGGCCAUCUAUCGUGGCCGCAGCGUAUAAGGAACCCUUGCCUGGAUGGGUGGACAACCUCAACGGACCAACGGGGCUACUAGUCGGUGCUGGAAAAGGCGUGAUCCGCACAAUGCACUGCAAUGACAGCUAUACGGCGGACGUGGUGCCAGUCGAUGUCACCGUCAACGCCUGCAUCAUACUGGGCUACCUGACAGGACUUGAGCAGCCUAAACAGAUCAAUGUUGUGAACGUCACUCAGUCAGAAAUCAACCCCAUCACAUGGGGGCAGGCGCUAGAUAUGGGUCGUGUCCACGUGCAAGAGUUCCCCUUCACAGUAUGCCUGUGGUACCCAGGCGGCUCGCCCAAGAGCUCGCGAGUGGCUCACCAGCUCGCCUUGUUCUUCACUCACCUCCUACCCGCUUAUCUGGUCGAUAUGCUGAUGUUUUUGAUGGGGAAGAAGACUUUUAUGAUAAAAAUCCAGAAACGCAUCAACUACGGUCUGGAAGUCCUGCAGUACUACACCACAAAGGAAUGGUUCUUCAGGAAUGACAACUUCGUGGCUCUGCAGCAUCGCAUAUCUAAGAGCGAUAACGAGACUUUCUAUACGGAUAUGAAGGACAUGGACUGGAGCGGCUAUAUCCGCAACUACAUCCGUGGAGCACGAGAGUACUGCUGCAAGGAGGACCCUGCCACCCUGCCCGCUGCACGAAGACUGCAAACACAAUUAUACUACUUAGAUAAGGCAGUCCAGAUCAUGGUUGGGCUUCUAGUAUCAUACUUCAUCUAUUACUAUUUUAACAUGCUCUAUUCUGUGAUAAGCUCAUAAUUAGCUAAUUUAAUUAACUGUACCAACACACUGCAAACUUUUAGUCGGCCGAUAGUUUGUUUGGGCUCAUAAAUCAGUAUGAAGAUGAAUGGUAGUACGCACAUUACUAAGAUCAGGUAUUUAUCCGGUAUCAGACCGACUGAGAACUUUGAUUGGAAUCAAGAUUUUCUUUUCAAAAAAAUUGGCAACUGUCGGCCAACUGUUUUGUGUGCAGUGUGUGGUUAUUUUAAUACUUUGUUAUUAUUGUGAUUUAAUGAUUAUCAAAUAUUAUAGAGGCUAUUUCUGCCUCAAAAAUAAUCCCAUUCGAGUCAUAUAUUACUUACUUAGUUAAAGUUAUUUCUUAUAAAUAUUAUAAAUAGAAAUAAUGUUGGCGAUUGUUUUUUGAGAGAAUUGUGUCCAUGUGUGUAGACAGCCUUAUUUUAUGUGCUCUAUAUUCUAACAAUAAAUAAAAUACUUUAACUUUAAUACUUACAAUGGAGAUUAUCCUGUUUUUUUUUAUUAUGUUGACAAGCAAUUUCCAAAUAUUCAUAAAUAGGCAGUAUAUAGAGGUAAUAAUACUUGUUAUAGGAGUUAACCACCGCGAAAAAAAAAAUAAGAAUCCCAUGAUAGUUUCUUACUAGAAAGAAAAAAAUACAUCAUUUUUGUUAUCUAAGUAAAAUAAUAAAACGGAAGCGUUUUGUACCCUAUUUGUUAUCUAACUUACAAUAAUAAAGAGGAAACAUUUUUUUGUUUGUACCCGAAAGGCGCCGAAACUACUGAACCGAUUUGAAAAAUUAUUUCAAUGUUGGAAAGCUACACUCUUCCCGAGUAACAUAGGCUAUAUUUUAUCCCGGUACGGGCAGCAGUUGCCACGGGACGCGGGUGAAAACGCGGGAAAUAAACUUACAUAUUCUACAAUACUUGUUUUAUAAUAAAGAAACAUUAAUAUACCAAAGACAAGAGUGUAAAAUGUUUCUUAGGAAAUCAUAGUUUUUAGCCCAUUUCAUAACUUACCUAAUAAUACUCAUAGAUUUGUACUUAAUUUUUACUAAAUUUUAAAAUAAAUUCAUUUACGUAACAAUUUGACCUACUGUCAAAAAAAUUGUAUAAAUUUCCAAAUGAAUAUGUACAGUCAACUUCAGGUCAGUGGUAACAGUUUUAUAGGAAAAUCGUACUUAUUAAUAUUGAGUUAAGGUGCAUGACAGUUAAAUUACCACUGAUGUGCAGUCUACUGUACAGAAAGCACAUUAACCUACCUCAAUCUGUCAAAUGUCUUCAAUAGAUUUUCAACCUUAGCACAAUAGUUUAAGGUUAAUGUUCGAUUUGUAGACAGAUUUAAACAACUGUGCAACUUUUCUAAGUUUGUAUGUACUUUCUAAGUAUAUCUUGGACACCAAUGGCUGAUAAAAAGGUGAAGGAAAACAUCUCGAGGAAACCUGGACUAUAUAGUCUGAAAUCAGCAACCCGCAUUGAGCAAGCGUGAUGAUUAAUGCUCAAUCGUUCUCCGUGUGAGAGGAGGCCGCAGCCCAGCAGUGGGACGAUACAAAGGCUGUAACAGGUAGACAGAUUCGGGUAGCUUGACCUGCUUUCUGUACCUAGGUACCUUUUUUAUUUCUUCUUGCCUUGUAGCCAUUUGAGUUUUUCAAAAAAAUAUAUUAAUGAAUUAUUAAGUAAAAUUAACCUAUAAUUAAUGGACCUAUCCGUUGUGACUUUUUUUGUUAAAACAUUGUUUUUCUUGCGCAACUGUUGCUCAACUAAAUAGUUGCGGUGUAUGGAAUUGUCUUUAGUAUUUAAUUGUUUACCUCAUGUAUAAAUUGUAAUAAAUAAUGUUAAUACGAAUUAUAAUAAAUUAAAUUAGAUAA